AUGUCGACGACAACGGUGACGAUGACGGAGCCGAAGCGCAAGAAAGGCGCGGACCUUCCUCCAGAAAACGAGCGCUUCCUCCGGUGCUGCGCAGAUGUCGCCAACGUCCUCAUAGAGGACCAUGAGGCUUCCCAGGAUUCUACGCGUCCAAAGAAGGACCUGAACUUGAACUCGCUGCGCUCCAGGCUCGCCAAAAAGCACAAGCUCAACACCAUGCCCUCCCUGACUGCGAUCAUCGCCGCCGUCCCCGAACACUACAAAAAAUACAUCCUGCCCAAGCUAGUCGCAAAGCCAAUCCGGACAUCAUCGGGCAUAGCAGUUGUCGCCGUCAUGUGCAAGCCACAUCGAUGCCCACACAUUGCAUAUACCGGCAACAUUUGCGUCUACUGCCCCGGAGGGCCUGACUCCGACUUCGAGUACAGUACCCAGUCAUACACCGGCUACGAGCCCACGUCAAUGCGAGCGAUCCGAGCAAGAUACGACCCAUUUGAGCAGGCACGUGGCCGUGUCGAUCAACUCAAGUCAUUAGGGCAUUCGGUGGACAAGGUGGAAUACAUCAUCAUGGGAGGCACGUUCAUGUCUCUUCCAGAGUCGUACAGGGAUGACUUCAUAUCCCAACUGCACAAUGCAUUGAGCGGAUACCAGACAUCGAACGUGGACGAGGCAGUCGAGGCUGGUGAACUGAGCAAUACCAAGUGCGUGGGCAUCACUAUCGAAACACGGCCGGACUAUUGCCUGCAACCGCAUCUGUCGAGCAUGUUGCGCUACGGCUGCACACGACUGGAGAUUGGAGUGCAGUCUCUGUAUGAGGAUGUUGCAAGAGACACCAAUCGGGGACACACUGUCGCCGCGGUAGCAGAGACGUUCAGCCUCGCCAAGGACGCUGGAUUCAAGGUUGUCAGCCACAUGAUGCCCGAUCUACCAAACGUGGGGAUGGAGCGCGACCUCGACCAGUUCCGAGAAUACUUCGAAAAUCCAGCAUUCCGCACUGACGGCCUGAAGAUUUACCCAACCUUGGUCAUCAGGGGUACAGGCCUCUACGAGCUAUGGCGAACGGGCCGCUACCAGAACUACACCCCAAACGGACUCAUAGAUCUUGUCGCGCGUAUCCUGGCGCUCAUCCCACCUUGGACUCGUAUUUACCGUGUUCAGCGCGACAUUCCGAUGCCGCUUGUCACCUCUGGCGUUGAGAACGGAAACCUCCGCGAACUGGCCCUCGCCCGCAUGAAGGAUUUCGGCACGACUUGUCGUGACGUGCGGACCCGUGAGGUUGGUGUCAAUGAAGUCAAGAACAAGAUUCGCCCCAAUCAGAUCGAGCUCGUUCGCAGAGACUACACAGCAAACGGAGGCUGGGAGACAUUCCUCGCCUACGAGGACCCUAAACAGGAUAUCCUCGUCGGAUUACUGCGCUUACGAAAGUGCACCGAGAAGUACACGUACCGCGAGGAGCUUAUCGGCCAGCAGACAAGUUUGGUCCGUGAGCUUCAUGUCUAUGGAACAGCAGUACCUGUGCAUGCCAGGGAUCCCAAGAAAUUUCAGCACCAAGGUUUCGGAACCCUGUUGAUGGAGGAGGCGGAGAGAAUAGCCAGAGACGAGCACGGGAGCGACAAAAUAAGUGUUAUUUCAGGCGUCGGAGUGAGGAGCUAUUACAAAAAGCUCGGUUACUGGCUAGAUGGGCCCUACAUGAGCAAGUGGCUGGAUGGCCGUCCGGGCAGGCUGGACUGA